GAGGCUUUAAAUGGUUGGAUAGCUCCUGAAAAUAAUAUCCAUCUGUAAUUUUCGAAUGAAAAUGUCAACUUUCGGUGCCGGGGACGGCGCAGUACAGUGCAGACGAUGUACAUGUAUGAGACUGUGUUCAGUACUGUACCUCUACUGAAUCCGUUAUUGGACCCAGAUUGGAUUUAUAUUAACUUUUCAUUGAAGGUUCAAUUUGACAAAAGUAUAUAGAUUAGUACAAAUAGUAACAUGGAAAAAGCUAACUGUGACAUCAAGGCUGAACGGGAAAGCCGCAGUUCCUCUUUGUAGACAGGGCAGAAGUUUUCUACGGUCAGUUAGCAGACAAAGAAAGCUCCACCAACAUCCAAUGCCUAGCAUGUCAAAUGCUCCCUCAAUAACAGAAUCAGCAGAUGGAGGGAAGGCUGUGGACGUCUUCACAAGGCUGCUUAGAGACAGGAUCAUUUGCCUGAUGGGAGCAGUAUCAGAUGAAUUAGCUUCAAAAGUGAUGGCCCAGCUGUUGUGUUUACAUUUUGAAGAUCCAGAUAAAUUAAUAAGAGUGUUCAUCAAUAGUCCAGGUGGGAACGUAUCAGCAGGUCUGGCCAUCUAUGAUACUAUGCAGUACAUCAACAACCCCAUAGCUACACUGUGUAUAGGGCAGGCAUGUAGCAUGGGCUCUCUCCUCCUCACCGCCGGUACUUCAGGCAUGAGAUAUGCCUCACCAAAUUCCACCAUUAUGGUCCAUCAGCCUCUUACAUCUGGAUUGCAGGGUUAUGUCACAGACCUUAAAAUCGCGGCCGCCAAUAUGAAAAGAACAAAGGAGCUGAUUCAGGAUCUGUAUGUUAAGCACACAGGCCUGACACCACUGAUAAUAGAGAAAGCCUUGGACAGGGAUAACUUCAUGACCCCUCUUGAAGCCAAAGAAUUCGGAUUGAUUGAUCAAAUUUUAUGAAAAUGACUUAUUUGUUAAUAUGUUCAUAUGUUAAUUUCAUUUCAUAAUUUAAUGUAUUGAAAUAA